UUAUUAUAGACUGACAUCACACUGGAGAGGCGAGCUCACAGAGGCUCCAUUAUCAUCACCACCACCACCACCACCGCCGCUCAGUGUGCGCGUUAUUGCUGCUCCAAAAUAGCUGAGGAAAUUAGUAGAGGAGAGAGAGAGAGAGAAAGAGAGAGAGAGAAGAAAAAAAAAAAACUGGGAGGAAACUGAUGCUUUUUUUGGUUUGGAUAGGAGGGGAUGAGAAAAGAGAGGAGGGGCAGAAAAGAGAGAGAGUGGGAGGACGGACGUGAUCCCGCCGACGAGCGCUUUCGUAUCAAUUAAUAAUGAUAAAAAAGAGCUGGUGAAAAGCACGCUGGCAUGGCUGAGUGGAGGCUGGCACUCGGGACGUCAGAUAUGACUGCAGCAGCCUGCUGACAUGAUCAUUGAGGCAGACUCGGAUGGGAUGGCAGCAGACAUCGGGCAUGCAGGUGGCGGACUGAAGACGAUGCUGGAUGCCAUGGAAGUACCAAGUCACGCUCGGGAUCUCCUCCUGCAGCUCAACAGCCAACGCACCAAAGGAUUCCUGUGCGAUGUCAUCAUUGUGGUGCAGAACGCUCUCUUCCGGGCGCACAAAAACAUUCUGGCGGCCAGCAGCCUCUACCUGAAGUCCUUGGUGGUCCACGACAAUCUUAUCAACCUGGACCACGAGAUGGUGAGUCCUGGAGUCUUCCGGGUCAUUCUGGACUACAUCUACACGGGCCGCCUCAGCGAGGGGGACCCCGCCUCUCCCAACGAGCCCAACCUGGGCGCUGUUUUGGCUGCGGCAAGCUACCUGCAGCUGCUUGACUUAGUCGCUCUGUGCAAAAAGAAACUCAAAAGAAAUGGCAAGUACCCUCCUCGCACCACUCCCGCCUUCCUGCCUUACGCAAAGAUGGGCGGCAUGGGCUUAGGCGGCGGAGGCCGCUACAGGGUCUCCACUCCCGUCAUUCAGUCGUGUCCUCCCGGGGGGAUGCUGAACAGCCACGCGCCCCGACCCCCGCCGCUGGAGGAGCUGAUCCCCCAUCGGCUCGCCAUCCACGCCGGCGAGCUGUACGCCCCGACCUCGACCCAAGGCCCCCAGCCCUUCCCGUCCAUGCAGUCCAUCCUGCCGGCUCAGCUAGGGCUACGUUCGGCGCUUCCGGAAAGGAACUGCUCCCCAAACUACGGUCUGGACCUCUCCAAAAAGAGCCCCAAUUCCCAGUCUCAGCACACACCCUCCCAGUCCCACGUGGUCAGCACCCACAAUGACGAGGAGCGAGACGGGACACCGAGCGGACGUGCCAGUCCCACGCAGGGGACCAACGGCAGGGCCUUUCCUUCUGAAAAAAUGGAGACGACGGAUCAGACGAGUUCUCUCACUCCGCCGCCGUUCCCCCACAACCAACCGCUCGGCCCCCACCUUCCCCAUCUCCAUCGUUUGGGCUCGCAGGGCACCGAGCGCUACCCGUGCCCGCCGAGCCCGGACACCCUCACCGAAGUCAUGGAGGCAGGAAGAGAAGUGGGCAACAUCUACCGCUGGGUGAAACACGAGCCGCUUCCCUACGCGGCCGAGGACGAGGACGAAGACGAGGACGAGGAGGAAGGCGGUGAAAACGGAGAGCGGCGGCACAACAACCACAAGGAUGAGAGCGAGGGUCCGGACGACAAGAGCGGCUCCGGCACCGAGGAGACGGGCAGCAGCGAGGGCCGCCCGUCUCCUACCGGACCCUUGGGGAGGUUCCACGUUCCGUACGAGCCAGAGAGUUACGGCGACAACCUGUACGUGUGCAUCCCCUGCGACAAGGGCUUCCCCAGCUCGGAGCAACUCAACGCCCACGUGGAGACUCACACGGAGGAGGAGCUUUACAGCAACACGGGCGGCGAGCUUGGAAACGGCAACAUCGGCAAGAACAUCAGCAGCAGCACCAACGGCUACGGCGGGUUGACCGGCGGAGGCGGUGGUGGCGGCGUCCUAAGCGGCCUCUCCCUGGAGACAAAGUCCAACCAGUCUUUGGCUUCGGGGACCAUCGGGGAAAUGAUCCGCCCGUACCGCUGCUCCUCCUGCGAUAAGUCCUACAAGGAUCCGGCAACUCUCCGGCAGCACGAAAAGACCCACUGGCUCACCCGGCCGUACCCGUGCAGCAUCUGCGGCAAGAAGUUCACGCAGCGCGGCACCAUGACGCGCCACAUGCGCAGCCACCUGGGCCUCAAACCCUUCGCCUGCGACUCCUGCGGCAUGCGCUUCACUCGCCAGUACCGCCUCACCGAGCACAUGCGCAUCCAUUCCGGGGAGAAGCCGUACGAGUGCCAAGUGUGCGGCGGCAAGUUCGCCCAGCAACGCAACCUGAUCAGCCACAUGAAGAUGCACACCGGCGGGGGCGGCGGCGGCCUGACCUCCGAGGGCAAGCUGAAGCUGGACUUUGCCGAGGGCAUCUACCCCUUGAGCAAAUACACCGCCGAGCAUCUGGGGCUCAAGCAGGAGAAGGCCAACGAGCUCCUCCUGCAGGCGCAGCAGCAGUUGGUGGCCGACGCCAAGGCCAUGGAGAGCCUCUACCCGCUCUCCAAACUGGCGUCGGAGCACCUGGGGGCUCUGGGCCACGACAAGAUGGACGUCCUGUGUCAGGCCCUGCCCCCUCCCCAGCAGGCCCUCUCCGAGGCCCGCACCAUUGAGCGCUACUCGCCUAGCUAAGACCGCUUCCCACCACAUGCCACACGCAGUAUUCUGACGCCGUUCACCUCAAGUAAAUAACCCCUCAAAGUGCCUUUCUAUGCAUCUAACCUUUGAAGCCUCCUACCCCAAGGAGCGCUGGGCUAUCAAUUCUGUGACCAAGGGACACUUGCUUGACAGCAGUAUUUAUGUUUGUAUAAGCAAAAAAAAAAAAAAAGCCAUUGAGCCAAAGCAUCAAUUUUUUAAAAAAAAAUGAUUAUUUAUUUUUUUGUAUAAUGACAACACCCAAAGAAAAGCUUAAACCCUGUGAGAAGCAAAUGGACAAGAUUCAGGGUUUGUGUCCACAUCAGCUGGACUUUAAAAACAAUGGGGGUUUUUCAUUCUUGAAUUUUCUACUAUGUGUUCUUUUGGAACCACCGAUGGCGUCGUGGUACACUCGCAUGUCGUGGGUUGAAUUCCCGCUCUGUGUGAAUGUGGUUCGGGUUAGGGAAUGGCUUUAGAAUUAGGGGCGGAGCUACCUGACGGUAUCAACCAACAUGGUCAUUGUUGAUCACGCUAUUUACAGUCGGCUUGCACAAAAUAAAAUUCAAAACUAAACCAAUCACAAUGCGAGCAGGAACAAUUCCAAAGUUAAAAGCAAAUUUAAAAUUUUGAUUUUUUUUAUUUUUAAAGUAAGUCACAUUAAGUCUGACUGUGGAUCGGAUGGUCAACCAUGACUUUUCACUUGUGUAUGAGUGCUCUGGCCACCCCACCGAAAAACUUCUAGCUACGCCCCUGGUUAGCGCUAGCCUGUCCGUCUUUAACCAUGCCCUGCGAUUGACUGGCGACCAGGACUAAUCGCUCCAUUGAGGUUAAUUAAGUCAGUGAACCCCCCGACCCCCCCCUGCUACCGUUGACAUGCCAAAGUGAGUGUUUAACGCACACGCGCCUUAUCUCCCCGGCCCUUCCCCGCUCUAUUUCACACACACUUAGCAAAGCCGCUAAUCUGUCAGCGAUACGAGCACGAGGCCCCGGUUGUAGUCCGGCCCAGCUGUUGUGCGCCGGUAAUCCCUGUGAAAUCUCGCUUGCUCCCGGACAAUUUGUGCACACCACGUCCCCCCCCCCCCCCCCCCCCCAAUCGGGAGCGAGCGGCAGCCAGAAAACAAGAGCAGUGGAAGCUUGUUAAAUUCAAAAUGCUUUUAUAAUAAAGAAUCUUCCCGAGGACCUUUAAACCCCCCCCCCCCCCAAAUACUUUGACUAGUUCUUAAUUCAGAUGGUCUGACCACUAUAGUGCCAACGUCAACCUCAGAGGGUGAAUGUGAAGCCAUGAACACACUGUGAUGGAUCGAAUGACUUUUAACUGAAAAAACUAACCAAAAAAAAAAAAAAAAAAAAAUGCAAAAAAAAACAAUGUGCCUUACAUUUUGGGAUUUUUUUUAUUUUUAUGUAACAGUCAUUUAAGGCAGCGGUGGGGAACUAUCUUAAAAAAAAAAAAAUCAGACAAGCUCGCGGGUUAAAUAUUUUUGGGGCUUUUUAUAACAAUUUCGCUCAAGCUUUUUUUUUUUAUUAUUAUUAUUUUUUUUUUAUAAUCCAUAUGUUGUGUGUUCCCCACCCCUGCUUUAAGGGGCUUCGUUGGUGUACCAAAUGUCCAAUAGUUGUUUCCUGUCACUUUUACUUAUCCAGCCAAAGUAGAGCACAUGAAAACUAGUGCUUACCUCAGGACCACACACACAUACACACACUACCACACAAACAUAUGCACGCAUACAAACACGCAGUUGUUCUGUUUUUAAACUUGUGGUUCUUGUCUGUUUAUACAUUUCAGUUUUACAGCAGAGCGAUGACAUUUGAUAUUGCUUUUUUAUUAUUAUUAUUAUGAUUAUUACAACGCGGCGUACACUUUCCAUUGUGUUGUCUUAACAAAAAAAAAAAAAAGGAGAAAAAAAAAAAAAAGAGGCGUCUGCGGGUCUGCCCCGGUCGGUGGCUGUCUUCACGGGCUGUCUGUGAACAUCAGAACCGCACUCGGGGCUGAGCGCCGUGCCAUGUUGAUGUUGUUUGGGUUCAGAGUGGAGCUUCCAGGGACUUUUCACAGCCCGUUUGACUCAGUGUUAGAUGGUUUCAGGCAACACACACUUACACAGCAUACACACACCCACAUAGGAAGCCGGCCUGUGUUUGGUGGACCCUUUUUUUGUUUGUGGGGUUUUAUUUUCUGAUGUGCGUUUGUGUUAUGAGAGUGUGGGAAUUUUCAGCCGCUCAUUCACUAGUUUUAAUGAAAAUCGCCCCCCUUCCUCCCCAUUAGAAUAACACACACUUUCCUCUGUUGCCUCAAAGCUAAGCAGGGAGGGGAAGAGUCAGAUAAAACUUUUUUUCUACAAGGAGAAGCUCCAACCCACACACACACUUGUAUACAGUACACACACACUGGCAGAAAAAAAACUUCAAUUAUAGCUGUUUACUUGGAAUGCAAUAGGUCCCCAACUUUGCCCCCCCAGGGUCAAAGGUGGCCAAAGUGCUCACCCUCUGCACUCAAGUAGCAGUAGUUUAAAAUGUUUACUUGAUGUAAAAAUUACAAAGUACACAUUCGACUCACUCUGACACUAAAAAGUAACCAUUUUAUGUUCCUGUCAUCAAUCGUAGCAAAUUCCUGUUUUAAUAACUUGGCACAACAACAACCCAAAAAUUCUCCACCAAAAAAAAAAUCCCACUUUUAUGAAUUUACUCUGCUUGUACUCAGAAGAAGAAAAAAAAAUUAGAGGUCCCUUUUUUUUUUUUAAUCUAAGAACUAACAGCUUUGGCUCAGGCGUUUAUACUAUGAAAACAAGUUGUUCCCGAGCUCCCAAAUGACUAACGAAAAACACUCAAUUCAACUUUAUUUAUCUAGCACUAUCUAGAUAAUUCUUGAAUCCUCCCAGGCCCACACAUUGACCUCCAUCACUGCAAUGGACACAUUGUGCUUUCCAUAAAUCACAAAAGUCCGUCAUUAAAAUAAUAUACAAAUGUAAUAUAUUUUUUUAAUUCAACUAUAUUCUGGCUCCCGUUCCAUACAAUUCCCUCUUUUCGCUGACUUUCCAGAAAUUCCUUUCCCUAACUUUUCAAAGUGCUGUCACCAAACGUGAGCGCGCGUGCCCGCGAGAGGUGCUGAUGUCGGGAGUCAGCGGGCCGGAAGCGUUCGCUUGUCUGUUUAUGCCAUCGGAGCUUUUCGAAGCGGGGCUUAAUACACGUCCUGGGAAUCAAGGCGGGUGCGAAGGAGACGAGCCGAGGAGCAGGAAGUGAACUUUUGCCCGAGGCGCAGGAUGUGUCGAGGCAGAUAGAGAGAGAGAGAGAGAGGGAGCCGGCCGCGAGUGCGCGCACGGUGGAGCCGCAGCUAUUGUCCGCCUAUGACAAGCCUGCACGGAUUUCUAAAACGCUCCAUUCACAAAACAAGUUGACGGUAUCUUCGCUUUUCCUUCCUCGCUUUGCUCGUUUGGGAACAGUGUUAUGGUGAUACGGCCGCACGCACUGGAAAGCGUUCAAGCGCUUUGUGGCGAGGAUGUUGUGGAUUUAUCGUUCUAGGGACGGAAGGGGGGGUGAUUGGGUUACCAAGCAUUUAGGUAGGCGAUAUACCAAGAAAACUGGAGUAUACUUAUUUAAAAAAAACAGUUUUUCUUCCAAAGGCAAUGGAAUAAACCGCGGAGGCUACACAAAUCAUUUUUCACUUUGCAACUGUAACAAUAUUUAGAGACUGCCGUUGUCACUUGUUGCUAGGCAGAGUUCAUAGGGCUCAACCAAUUCUGCCCCGUAGACCAAUACAAAAACAAGACUAAUAAGACAUGUCUAAUUUUCUUUAUUUGUUGUGACAACUGCAUUUAUUUGAUACAGAAAAUUGCCGUUAGCCGCCCCCCGGCGUAGUUUAGAUGAAGCUGUUUUGAAAGUGACAAAGAGGCUUUUAUCAAAUUCCAUUCAUUAGGAGAAUCCAAAUAAAAGUCUUUGCGAUGUGGGUUAUUCGAUUUUUAUUUGCUCAUGCUUGAUUACUUACGGCAUUUCUUUCCUUUUUAAAUGUCAUUGCCAGAACCAUAACUUUUCAAACAUUGUCAGUAUAGAAAUAAUAUAUAUAUUUUAAAAAGAUAAUCUGGAUGUAUUCCAGCAGCGAGAUAGAUAGACUUUUAAAGCUUCCUACCAACAUUGAAAAAAAAAAAAAAAAAUUUAGCCGCAUCUAACCCGACGUUACUUAAAAAAGAAAUCCCUUUGACUGUCUUUUCAGUUUUAUGGAUUCACGCGCCGGCUGUGCAACGUUGCCUUUUAGUGUGGAUAAUCAUAGGAGCCAAAAGCCACCAUUGUCCACUGCCUAUUUCAUUUUUUUUUUUUUUAUGAUGUGCCAAAUUACAGAGGAAAAGCAUCCAUUUUCCUCCCUGAAGCUAAGAAUGGACUUCCUCCUGCAUGUGUGUGCAUGAAAGCUUUGCCGCUGAUGUCGGCAGCGUUGGCACUCUUUGUUCACCUGCGCCCCCCCACAUCCAAUUCACCGCCCCGCCUCCCACAAAAUGAAAUUCUGCAAACCUACUUUUAGCUUGAGUCCCCAUACAAUAACCAGUACACAAAUUGUAGUUUUAACAGAUUCCCUCUGGCAUUCAUAAAAACUCAUUUUUCUCUUUUUAUGACACGUCCAUCCCCUAAAAGUCCCACGUUUUGCCUUCCCUCUUGCCCGGACUCUCCCUCCCUAAAUCUUCCCCACCUUCCACCGAACACAAGCCCCCCCCCCCCCCCCCCCCCUCUCCCUCCCACGCCCUGAUCCACUUACUUCCAGCUGUUCCUCAUGCUGAAGAAGACACUUGUCUAAAUGUUUACAGCGAGGGGCUACUUUCUUUUUCGCUAAGCCCUGAUCGAUUUCCAAAACGAACUCUGCCGCCGCAUGCGCCGACCUCCGCUGUAUGACGGUUACACCCCCGACCCCAAUCCUCCGCCCCCCCGGGCCAAGAAAAGGGCCUCAAGGAGGAGAUUAAAAGCAGAGGAAAUGUGGAAUAGGCUUUCAGAAAGAUGCCAGCAAAGUAAACAUGUAUGAAAUUGCACGAUUGCGCCGGGGCCUCCGGCAGCCAAGUCAUGCGCCUAGAUGAAGAGGAAAAAGAAGUGAAGCCAGAAAGCAAACCAUAAGAAAGGGAAGGGGGGAAGAAUAGCGGCUUGGUGAACUUGAACGUGUGCUUACCUUCAGGAAAUGAUGCAGGUCAUUGUUGGACGGCUCAGCUGUCAUGUCAGCUCGCCCUCCCGAGCUCCCCCGCAGCUUGAUGAGUAGCAAAAGUGCUAAUAUUUGUUGUACUUAUAAUUCGGGCAGGAUCAUUUUGAAAAGUAAUCUAGUUGCAAUUUAUCUCCCCUCAGUAUGAUUUAAUAUGCGAUUAUUUGGAUUCAAACAAAGCUCCCAUAGAAAUAUAGAUAAAAAUAGAUGAUUUUUUAUUUUAUUUUAAUUUCGGCCGUUGCGAUUUGCAUAUUACAUUCCGCUACAUUGCAAAAUUAUUUUGAAUUUGAUUGAGUCCGACAUUUUAUUCACUGUCUGAUGUGAGUGCCUUAUUUGAAUUUAGUGGGAUCUUGCACAAAAAUGUGAGGCAAUUAGCAGAGAAUAUUUUUGUCGUACUUGAAAAUGCCUGUUUUUUGUAUUAUUUUUUUCAACAAAAAACGUAGCAGCUAAAAUGUAGCAUUUUUGUGGCAAUAUUUUGCUUUUCAUUUCAACCUGCAGACAAUACAAGACAAACAUCUUUGCAGCAUUUCCUACUAAAUCCUCAUAUCAUCAUGUUUGAUUGACACAUAUAAAACAGUCACAUCUUUGGAGCUUUUCCUUGAUUUUUGGGUAAAUUAUGAUUAUUAUGAUGUUUGAAUUCAAGUUAUGAAAGUGUAGACACACUUUAAACCCCAUAGAGAAAAGCUAAAAAUAUCACAAACUCAUAUUUUGUGUUUUUCUCAUUUUUUGGUCCUCAUAAAAUGUCCCUCCAAAUGGCUAAAACCAGUGCACAUACAUAGACGAAUACCAAAAACUCAUUCGGUUUUCAGGCUUUUGUUGCCGAGAGACAUCCCCACAACGUAAUUCACGUUAGCCAUCGUGCGUCCCCAUAUUGUGAUAAAAACCAGACACACACACACACACACGCAAACAAGGCUAGCCUGCAGCCUCCAGAUUAGAUCAGCUUUAAUGAGGUUGCCCUGCCGUGUUUGGAGUGUCGCUUCUCGUUGGAAAAGUCAUCAUUAAGAAACGGGCGAUGGGAGGGAACACGCGUGCCGAGAUCGUACACACCCUCGGGGUCUUCACAAAACACAUGCAUCAAAGAUUACGUGCAAAAUUGAUGGAUUGGGCGGCUGGUUGGAUUAUGAGCUAAUGAGGAUGACGCCGAUGUCUUGCGCCCGAACAAAGUUCAAAUGUGGGACACACAUGGAAACACAAACACACAUUUGUAAUGUCGCCAUUUUGUUGUCUAUCCAUUGAAGCAAUACAACCAAAACAGUAUUUCUGCCUUUUAUUUUUGACCAAAAAAAAAAAAGUCAAUAUGCUUUUCAUGAGAUGAAUGUAUUUAUUGCAUGUCCAAAUGUUUUAUAGUUAUUUUUUUGUGUACAUUUCAACUGUGGAUUUUUUUUAUACAUAUAUAAAUAUAAAAUGUCAUUGAAUUAUGCUCAAAAUGAUGUCGAUAAGGUUUUUAUUUUGAAAAAGCGCAAUGUGAAAACAUGUCGCCAUUUCUUUUGUCACUAUACUCCAAAUCUUCCUCGCAAUAAAGUCCAGUUGCAUAACAAAUUUGAAAAAAAAUAUA